UGUCACAGGCCUUUCGAAAACCCAAGUACACAACAUCAACGUAGUCACCUCUCUCUGUCCUGCUUGUUCUUUCUUCAAAUAAAAAUAGCCGAACAUCCUGCUACUAAUUCAAUAAGCCAGCAACAACCUCCGACAAAUAAGAGACCCCGUGAAUUUAAUGUUUCGAGUUUUUCCAUCGUUCACUGAUUGAUGUAUGUGCAAAGUAAAUGCGAUGUCAGGCAAAUUCAGCAGCGGGAAAUGGUCUCAAAUGCAAAUGAUGGCGCUGCGAUCCUGCAAUUUGCUUCCAGUAAGUGAAAAAUACACUGAAGGAGAAGGGCAUCCAUAUCUUGCUGUCGACUUUGACCCGUAGUUAUCUCUGGGAGAUAGCAAUCUCGCCACAGUCUCUCCCCAUUGCUCAUUACCCGAAGUUUACAACUGCGGGCAACUGUUAAAGAUGGAUUUUAAAUUGGCCAACUUAAAAUCAGUGCAAGCCCAGGCUAAGGGGGCACAAUUAAAUCUGUAGAAAGGGAAUGUCCGCUGAUCAAAAGAGAACAUUAUUCCAAAUGCAUAAUAUUCCAUCAAAGUGAAGAGCGCCCUUGCUUCUGCUCACUCUGUGCAAUAAACCCACAGCGAUCUUUGCCCUGAGCUGUCGCUGGAGUUUAUAAUCUGACAAUAAACUGGUCCCAAGGUGAACAAUAACUCAAAGCGACGGCACCAGCCGAACGGAACCAGGAUGCGGGUUAUGAUUCCUCUCUGGAGGUGGUAAAAUGUCGCGCACUGAAGUAUUAAUUCUAGUUCGGACCACAAGUUUGAAAGACUCAUUCAAGCAAGGUGAGCCUUUGUAUGGUUUAACACAAGCGUUGUGGAACAAGGUGUAGCGGUACAUGCUGAAUAGACUGAAGUUCUGGUUUAUGAGCGUGUUAUCAACUGAACUUUGCUCAGGGUGUGUUCACUUACUGUUAGUGACAUAAAAUUCAGAUACUCGGAUUCACUGAAACCAGACCCAGGAGUCCAGCAGCAGGUAGGAACAGGGACUGUAUUCGGGAAUGUUAAGGUGUUUUAUUAAUCCUACUUGUAACGGCAGUACUUCUAAUAUUUCUACCAUAUCGAUAUUACCACUGAAAUCGCGCGGCUUUACGGAUCUGCGAUCUCGAUUAUUCUGCAUGUGUUUUUUCAGCGAAGACGAGGUAGAUCUGACGGUAAUAUUUAUAUUAACAAAUAAUGUGAUAAUUCUUACUGGCCGUAGACCAAAAUAGCAAAUACUACACUCAGUGGGCGCUUUACCAUGUACCUCCUGUACCUAAUAAUGUGGCCACUGAGUGCAUGUCCUGGAGCAUCUGCUGCUGUCACCCGUUCUCUUCAAUGCUGACCUCUACUCUGUGUUCUCUGGAACACGAUAAAGACGGGGAGUUGAUUGCAUUCGCUGUCAUUUAGAUGAAGGUGAGGAGAUUUCAUCCGCUGGUGGUUACAUAAAUGAUUUAAGCUUAUGCUGGAGACGUCGAACAUCACCUGGAUUCCGAACAGGAAUGUGGGGAACAUGUUUGCUGCUGUAAGGGGAAACUGUUUCUUUUCCCACUGAGGUGGAACUAGUGUCACUUUUCCUCAAAGGAAAAGAGAAGAAGAGUUUUCUGUCAAUGUGGUUAAUUCGGCAGCUCACAGAUCCUUGACAGGCAACGGAGUGAAGUGUUGCAGCCGGUCGCAGGGAUGUGUCACUGAGAUCAUGGUCCAGCUGUGAUCAUAGAGAAUGGCGGAACAGGACUGAGGGGACGAAUGUCCUGUUACUAUUUCAAUAGACCCGUAGCACAUUCUGACAAAUAAGAGACCCGGUGUAUUUAACAUUUGAUGUUUUUCCUUCGAUCUCAGACGAGGAACGGUAGAUGUAUUUGUAAAAUAAGUGCAAUGCCUGCCAAGUUGGCCAGCGGGAUAUGAUCAUAAUUUCAUAUGAUUCUACUUUGCCAUGGUAACUUGUUUCCAGUAAGCGAGCAAUAAACUGAAGGGGAAUGGCAUUCAUAUCUCGCUGUUGACUUUGACCGGUUGUUAUCUCUGGGAGAUGGUUAUCUCGGUACAGUUGCUCCACAAUCGGCCCAUUAUUGUAAUGGACCAACUGCGGACUUCUGUUAAAAAUGGUUCUUUCUGAACAGGCUGACCUUCAAGUCCGCUCCAGGCAGCUGGGGCAGACUUAGGGAAUGCCCAGUGUUCAAAAGGAAAAAUAUAUAUAUAAAUGACUCCAAGUGCAUAAUAUUUUACAAUCUCCCUUCCUUCUGCUCUCUCUGUGCAAUAAAACCACAGCGAUCUUUGUCCUGAGCUGUACCUGGAGUUUAUAAUCCGGCAAUAAACUGGUCCCAAGGUGAACAAUAAAUCAAAGGGACGACACCAACAGACCGAACCAGGAUACGGGUAGUGCUCCCUCCCUAGAGCAGAUCAAAUUUUCGAGAGGAAAGUAAUCAUUGCAUCGGGCAGUGAAGUCGCACUUUUGGCUCGAACCACAUGUCAGAAACGCGUUUUUGCGUUUUUCACGGCAAGCGUUGUGGAGCGAGGUGCGGUGUUACAUGCUGAAUAGACUGAAGCUCAGGUUUAUGAGCGUGUUAUCAACUGAACAUUGCUCAGGGUGUGUUCACUUACUGUUCGAGCCAAUAAAAUUCAGAUGCUCGGAUUCACUGAAACCAGACUCAGGAGUCCAGCUCCAGGUAAGAACAGGGACUGUACUGGGCUGUGUUAUGGUGUUUCAAUAAGCCCACUUGUCACGGCAAGUAUUUUUAGUUUAUCUACCGUAUCAAUACUAUCAGUUGCUGUUCCAGGGGAAGCUGAAACAGCUGAAGAUAGAUGAGGUUAUUUUUAUGAGGUGGAACUGUUUUCAAAGGAAAUGAGAAGCAGGGUUUGGUGUUGUCAAUGUUUUAAAUUCCGCAGGGCACAGAUUCUGGACAGGCAAGGGAGUGAAGUGUUACAGGCCGUCGCAGGGACGUGUCUCUGAGUUCUUAGUCCAGCUGUGAUCAUAGAGAAUGGCGGAACAGGAUGAGGGAGUGAAUGUCCUGUUAAUAAUUCCACACCCUAUGUGGUGUAACUUGUGUGUGUUUGGAAUUCUCUUCCUCAAAGAAAACGAGAAGCAGGGAUUAUUUUCAGUGAGUUUAAUUCCGCAGCGGAGAGAUUCUUGACAGGCAAGGGAGAGAGAUGUUGCAGACUGUCGCAGGGAUGAGUCGCUGAGAUCACAGUCCCCUGUGUUCAUAGAGAAUGACGGAACAGGACUGAGGAGGCGAAUGUCCUUUUACUAAUUCAACAUACCAGCAGCACACUCUGACAGAGAAGAAACGCAGUGAAAUUAGUGUUUUUACCCAUCGUUCUCUGAUGAGGAACGGUACAAGUUUUUGUAAAAUAAAUGCGAUGCUGGUGGGUGUAUUUGUGAAAUAAACGGGUUGUCAGGCAAGUUCGCCAGCGGGAUAUGAUGAUAAUUUCAUAUGAUUGCUAUUCUGAUGUGGCAACUUGUUUCCAGUAAGUGAGCAAUAAGCUGAAGGAGAAGGGCGUCCAUAUCUCGCUGUUGACUUUGACCGGUAGUUAUCUCUGGGAGAUGGUUAUCUCGGGACAGCUGCUCUCCAGUUGGUCCAUUACUGCAAUGGUCCAACUGCGGACAACUGUUAAAGAUGGCUCGUUAUAAACGGGGUGACCUUGAAGUCUGCUCCAGGCAGAGGGGGCACAGUUAAAUCUGGAGCAAAGUAAUGCCUCCUGUUCAAAAGAGAACAUUAUUCCAAAUACGUAAUAUUCCAUCAGAGUUGAGAGCGCCCUUCCUUCUGCUGUCUCUGUGCAAUAAACCAACAGCGAUCUUUGCCCUGAGCUGUCGCUGGAGUUUAUAAUCUGACAAUAAACUGGCCCUAACUGGUACAAUAAAUUAAAGUGACGACGCCACCUCAACCGGACCAGGAUGCGGGUUGUGAUUCCUCUCCAGAGCAGAUCAAGUGUUCUGGAGAGAGAAAAUUAUUGCACCGCUUGCACUGUAGUAUUAAUUCUGGUUCCGGCCACUUGUAAGAGUGACUUGUUCAUGGAAAUUAAGCUUUUAUGUGGUUUAGCACAAGCGUUGUGGAACAAGGUGUGACGUUACAUGCUGAAUAGACUGAAGUUCUGGUUUAUGAGCGCGUUAUCAACUGAACAUUGCUCAGGGAGUGUUCACUUACCGUUAGGGACAUAAAAUUCAGAUGUUCAGACCUGGAGUCCAACACCAGGUAAGGACAGGGUCAUAGGGGAAAUGCUAUUGUGCUUUAUUACGCCCACUGGUCGCCCUAGUAAUGCUAUUGUUUCUAUCAGUUCAAUAUUGUCCUGAGGAUUGCGUGGAUUAACGAAUAUGUGUGCUUUAUUCUGUUUGUAUGUUUUUUUUUAAACAAAUACUUUAUAUAUCUGGCAGUGAUAUUUAGGAUAGAAAUUCCUAUAAUAAAUCUCACUGACAGUUGAUAAAAGUAUGGAAGUCUACACUCAAUGGGCACGUUGUUAUGUACUCCUGUUCCUAAUGAUGUGACACAGAGUGAAUGCUCGGGGUUUACUGCGGCUGCACCCCGUCCACAUUCUAUGUUUGGUGCUCAGUGAGGCUGUCUUGCACUCCGCUGUUGGAGUUCAUGGUUAUUUGAGUUCUUGCCGCUUUCCUGUCGGAUUUAAUCAGUCUGCCCAAUCUCACUGAGUUCUCCCAUUAACGGGGCCUUUAGAACCGCUGUUCACUGGAUUUCCUUUGGUUUGAUUCCGGACCAUUCUCAGUAAACCGAGAGAUUUAUACUUGAGAAUCCAAGCUGCUGAUCAGUUUCCGUAACACUCAUACCACCCGGUCUGGCACCAGCGAUCAUUCCCCGGUCAACGUCACUUACAUCACAUUUAUUUCCUCUUCAGAUGUUUGGCCUGAAUAACAACUGAACCCGUUGACCAUAUCUGCAUGUGUUUGUGCUUUGACUUGCAAGCAGAUGAUGAACAGAUCCAUAUUAAUGAGCUGGUAUAGAGUUGUACCUAACAAAGAAGCCAUUUAGUGCAUUUCCCAUUUAGGCAAACCUUCACCCAUCUCGAAUAUGAACACGGAUGAGGUCUGGGCCUGAUUGUUGAUUAUUUGCAUGCUUGCAACAAUAGGCUGUCUCUGGCAAAGCAGUGGACGAAACACUGUUGUAAGGUACGGAUAAUCUGGAGAGAGAGACCCGUCACUGUUCCCUCCAAUCUGCGCUUCUGCAUAACCAAAAUGCUCCCACGAACGGAGCCUUUGUUGCAGCGCAGAUGGAAGUAAACACUGUCGUAUAAAUGUUUAUGAAACUUGAACGUUUUUCUUUGUUGCGCUGCAUUUUUAUCCUGUCCUUUAAUUAGUAAUUAAAAUUAAAAGAAUUGUUUUUCUCUUGUCUGUCUUCAUCCUAAAAUAUUCAUAGAUGCAUUUUACAAAAGAGGACACAUCAACGAUGUUGCGCUUUUUUCAGGCUGUGUGAAAAUUCCCGGCUCAGAGCAAUGGUUGAUCCACGCAGCGGCAAAAAUAGUCAUUAGAGGGAACAUUGGGGACGAAGCACGUUGCAUUCUAUGCAUAUUAAUCACGAUUGAAUAUGGUACAUUAUCGUGCUUCCUGUUAUAAAGGAGAUGUUAUAAGUCAAUAGAGUGGACAAAAAAAUUUCACUGGGAACCUGUCUGGUAUUCAGGAAAUAGUAAUGAAUAACGCAAGAAAAAUUAAUAAUAAUUUCGCCUUGUCCGUGGGAGCGUACAGUGAGGCAAUGAUGCUCAGGUGCUUAACAAUAUAGAACUAAUUCUGAGCAGCGAAUAACUAGACGGUCCAUUUACUAUAAAUUCAAGAGCUUUUCGUUUUCGUUUCUCUAAAGAUUCACUAUUAAUGCCCCGGUAAUCACUUUUCCUACCUUUUCAUAACACUGUGUGUAGUACCUCCCCCAUUAUAGGUAUGAGCAAGUAUGAGAUCUUGGCCAAAUUGCGCAAUUAGGUGUUCAGCAUAUCACGCAUCAUCCUGGAUAAAGUUCUGAUAUCAGUUCUGAUACUGGGUCUUCCACAGUGUCUUGUUCCACAGAUGCAAUCUGAUGUACCGAGUUUCCAGCAGUUUAUAAGAGGACGUAGGAAUAUGGCAUUGGGGCGAAAAAGAAAAUCAACCAUGAUUGAAUGAUGGAGGAGACUCGAUGGACUGAAUCACUUCAUUCUGCUCUGAUAUCUUAUCAUGACUGAAUGAUGAGUCCUUAAUAUCCCGUAUCAGGAUUUGUGACGUGUGAGGGACAGUUACAAAUUUGUUCCAUGAGAUUAUUUUAUUUGUCUUCAGCGUUUAAAUAUCAGAGAGAUUCGCUUUUGAAAAAAUUGAGCAGAAAUAUUUUUUUCUCCUUUGUAUUGUUAAUGUGCUUCAUUCUCUGGUUAAAGUUAGACCUGCGGUGAGAGAUUUAGUGGAAAAAAGCCCACAGCUGGAAAGAAGCUACGACUGAGAACGAGUGAACAGCGACAAGCGAACCAGCCCGAGGACUGAGAGUACCAACUGAAGAGAACCCUCUGACUCAGAGUUUCCAUUGAUUCAGUCAGGAGAAAGUUUGAGCCUCACCAGCAGGUGGAGCUGUCCUGCAGAGCGACCAAAGUGUAAACAAGACGACGACAAUCAACAAUCGUCAGUCAGAAUCAGAAUGGACAAAGUAUGGAACGUAUUGAAGAGGAUUUUACCAGGCGGAUCAUCGAGGGAAGAUGAUCGGGACACGGGAUGCAAGGUACCAAAGCAGGGACAGAUUGAGAGCGGUGUCCCAAUGGAAUCCGGUCCGGCCGCAGAGAAGGAGGAGAAAAUUCAGCCCAGAGACAGUGACGUCAGAGACACUGAUCCGGACCCUGGAACCGGCACAAGUGAGGCGACUGUCUGUCAGCUCGGAAGCUCAUUGAACACAGGACUGCCAAGUCCCAAAGAAGGAUCGGAGCCAGAGUUUACAAUCUCCGACCUCCUGGCAGAGGGGGAGGAAUAUCGACUGUACCAACUGACAAAGUUCUACAGGGACAGACUCAAACAAGCAAUUGAAGAAAAGGUUGAGAGACUGGGUUGGAUGUUGACAAAGGAGGGACAUUUCAGUAGAGAAGAAAAUGAGAAAGUCACUGAGCUGACAGAGAAGGGAAACCGGGCAGAGAGUUCCAGACUCUUCCUCAGUCUGGUGAAUGGCAAAGGCUCCCGGGCCCGGAGGGCGAUGUGGGAAUCCUUUCUGAUGUGGAGGACUGAGUUACCGAAGUUGGACAGAAUACUGAGGGAAAUACAGGAACUCGGUCCUGAUCCACAGGAAUACAUGAACAUCGGCCAAGGUUUAUAUGAAUUACCCACUCAGCUGAUAGAUGUUCAACAGAAACACAAGGAGACUCUGCGGGCACAAACUGAAACACUGAGAGUGAACACGAUCCUGAUGACGGAGAAGGUGAAGGUUUUCCAGCUGGCUGAUCGAUACGCUGAGCUCACGGUCAUUUCUACUGUUCGAGAUCGGACACUGGUGGAACAUGAGCUGCUGGCAAGAGGCAGACACCAUGAGGAUUAUAGAGAGAAACAACUCCGCAGACAGCUGGAAAAAAUUCGUACUGAUCAGUUAUUCCAGAGCAGCUUUUCCCGGAUUAAAUCCAAAUCUGGGAGUUCAGCAGCAGUGGCCGGAGUCCCGGGGAUCGGGAAAACAACGAUGGUACAAAAGAUUGUUUAUGACUGGUCCAUGGGGAAAAUAUACCAACAGUUCCAGUUUGUCUUCAGUUUCAAAUUCCGAGAUUUAAACAGUAUUGACUGUCGAAUAAACCUGAAGGAACUGAUUCUGGAUCAGUAUCCUUACUUUGGGAAUAUCCUGAGAGAAGUCUUGAAGAAUUCAGAGGGAUUGCUGUUUAUAUUCGAUGGUUUGGAUGAAUUCAAACACAAAAUCGAUUUUGCGGACAGUCAGAGAGAUACAGAACACAAACACCAGUGCCCAGAUCCCGAGUGGCGGUGUGAAGUGUCUGACAUUGUGUACAGUUUAAUCCAGGGCAAGCUGCUCCCAGGGUGUUCAGUGCUGGUGACCACUCGCCCCACUGCGUUACAUUUAUUGGAAAAGGCGGUUAUCAGUGUCCGGGCUGAAAUCCUGGGAUUUGUUGGUGAGGAACGGAAGGAAUAUUUCAUCAGACAUUUUGAAGAUCAGACGGUGGCGGAAGCUGUUUUCAAUUAUGUGAAGGAGAACGAGAUCCUGUAUACCAUGAGCUACAACCCCUCCUACUGCUGGAUCCUCGCUCUGACACUGGGCCCCUUCUUCACACAAAGAGUCAGGGACCAACAGCGAGUUCCCAAGACCAUCACCCAACUGUACUCCUACUAUAUUUACAACAUCCUGAAAAACCACGGCCGUGAGAUUGAGAGACCCCGUGAUGUGUUACUCAGGGUUGGUCAGAUGGCCUUCAGAGGAGUGUUGGAGAAGAAGAUUGUGUUUACAGAUGGAGAUUUGGUCAACUACAGUCUGCAGCCUUCCCAGUUCCUGUCCGGGUUCCUGAUGGAGCUUUUGGAGAGAGAGGAUUCUGCCCAGAGCGUGGUGUACACAUUCCCACACCUCACCAUCCAAGAGUUUGUAGCUGCAGUUGCACAAUUCCUGAAUCCACAUCCCGGGGAUAUCCUGAAAUUCCUCACUGAAGCCCACAACACGACAGAUGGGCGAUUUGAGAUAUUUCUCCGUUUUGUUGCUGGUCUCUCCUCUCCAAUGACAGCUCGGGGCCUGGUGGAGUUUCUGGGUCCAUUUCCUCAUGAAACAACCUGCCGGGUGAUUGACUGGGUGAAGGAGGAGGUUAAACGUCAGAUUGGAAACACAGGGAGUGAAGCUGGUAAAAGGAGGCUCCUGAACACAUUGCACUACCUGUUUGAGUCUCAGAAUCGUGGACUGGCUCAGGCCGCACUGGGAUCUGUGGAAACACUUUCAUUCAGUGGAAUGACACUGACCCCGAUUGACUGCGCGAUCCUGUCUCAUGUCAUCGGAUUCUGUGAUACAAUAAAAUACCUCAACCUGGAGGACUGCCACAUUCAGUGUGAGGGAAUCCAGCGGCUGGGACCCGGGCUGCACAAGUGCCAGGAGUUGAGGUAACUUGAUUUAUCUCUCACUCGGAACUGUGAAACUGUUCUAUUGUGUCAUUUCAAUGUAAAGAGAUUUGGGUUAAACUGUGUUAAAUCAGAUUGUGAAGAAUUGUGACAAAUGCCCAGGGGAUCGGUCAGCAAUUCCCCAAGGACAGGAGGGUUCUGUGGUUCCUUGUGAAGGGAUGUUGGAGACUUCAUCAGAUCAGUGAACAACGACCAUUGGUUUAAUGGUAGUAAAUCACAGGAAUGGCCGUGUUUCCUGCUGCCUGUGACACGUCCAUUGACAAUGUUCCUUCUCACUGUUACUGACACCCAGACCGACACUGACUGCAGCAGAUGGGUCAAAGAUUCACACCCCCUUCCCGGUGAGGGACAAGAGGCCGUCUGCAGACUGUCCCAGUGAGAAGGAAAGAAAUACCAUUGUGAGAUUGCCCUCCCCUGCCCUUUCCUGUUUGUGACUUUGCUCACUACCAGAUACACAGAGAGCGAGGCUGCAUCUCCUUUGGGUCUCUGUUCAGACCCAACACACGCGUACAAAAAUUCCCCUUCCUCCUUUCGGAUCUCUCUUCCAAUCCCCCUUCCUCCUGUGGGAUCUCUCUGCCUCAUCCCCAUUCCUCCUCUCAGAUCUCUUUUCCCCAUCCCCCAUCCUCCUAUGGGUUCUCUCUUCCCCAUCCCCCUUCCACCUCUAGGUUCUCUCUUCCCCAUCCCCUUCCCUCCAGUGGUAUCCCUUCCCAUUCCCAUUUCAUCCUGUGGGAUCUAUCUUCCACAUCCCCCUUCCUCCUGUCAGAUCUCUCUUCCCCAUCCCCCUUCCUCCUGAAGGUUCUCUCUUCCCCAUUCCCUUCCCUCCAGUGGUAUCCCUUCCCAUUCCGCUUUCCUCCUGUGGGAUCUAUCUUUCCCAUCCCCUUACCUCCUGUCGGAUCUCUCUACCCCAUCCCCCUUCCUCCUGUGGGAUCUCAGUUCCACAUCCGCCUUCCGCUUGUGGGAUCUCACUUCUCCAUCCACCUGUGGGAUCUGUCUUCCCCAUCCCCCUUCUUCCUGUGGCAACUGACCUCCCCAUAUUCCUUCAUAGAAUCGUAAAAUCAUAGAACACUACAACAUAGAAAACAAGCCAUUCGGCCCUUCUGCUCUGUGCCAAAACUUUAUUCCGCUAGUCCCAUUGACCUGCACCCAGUCCAUCGCCCUCCAGACCUCUCCCAUCCAUGCAUCUAUCAGAUUUAUUCUUAAAACCUAAGAGUGUGUCCGCAUUUUCCACAUCAGAUGGCAGCUUGUUCCGCAUUCUCACAACUCUCUGAGUGAGGACGUUCCCCCUAAACCUUUCCCCUUUCACCCUGAAGCAAAGUCCUUUUGUAAUUUAUCUCUCCUAAUCUGUGUGGAAAGAGCCCAUUCGCAUCUACCCUAUCUAUUCCCCUCGUAAUUGUGUAAACUUCUAUCAAAUCUCCCCUCAUUCUUCUACGCUCCGAGGAAUAAAGUCUUAACCUGUUCAAUCCUUCCUUGUAACUCAACUCCUGAAGAGCCAGCAACAUCCUCGCAGAUCUUUUCUGCACACUUUCAGUCUUACCGAUAUCGGUCCUAUAGUUCAGUGACCAGAAUUGCACACAAUACUCCAAAUUUGGCUUCACCAAUGUCUUGUACAACCUCACCAUAACUUUCCAACUCCUAUUCUCAACUUUGAUUUAUGAAUGCCCGGAUGCCAAAAGCCUUCUUUACAACCCUGUCUCCCAGUGACGCCACUUUCAGGGAAUUAUGUAUCUGAACUCCCAGAUCCCUUUCUUCCUGCGCAUUCCUCAGUGCCCUACCCUUUACUGUCUAUGUCCUACCUUGAUUUGUCCUUACAAAAUGGAACACCUCACACUUGUCUGCAUUAAUUUCCAUCUGCCAUUUUCUGGCCCAUGUUGCCAGUUGGUCCAGAUCCCUCUGCAAGCUUUGAAAGCCUUCCUCGCUGUCCGCAACGCCUCCAAUCUUAGUGUCAUCAGCAAACUUGCUGAUCCAACUUAUCACACUAUCAUCUAGUACAUUGAUAUAGACAACAAACAACAAUAGUCCCAACACAGAUCCCUGAGACACACCACUAGUCACAGGCCUCCAGUCUCAGAAGCAAUGAUCCACUAAGACUCUCUGUCUUCUCCCACACAGCCAAUUUGGAAUCCAAUCUACAACCUUUCCAUGGAUACCUACUGUCUGAACCUUCUGAACUAACCUCCCAUGUGGGACCUUGUCAAAAGCCUUAUUAAAGUUCAUGUAGACAACAUCCACAGCCUUUCUUUCAUGUGCAUUCUUGGUAACCUCCUUGAAAAACUCUACAGGAUUCAUUAAACACGAUCUGCCAUGAACAAAGCCAUGCUGACUAUCUUUAAUUAGCCCUUGGUUGUCCAACUCCUUGUAUAUCCGAUCUCUCAGAACACCUUCCAAUAAUUUACCUAACACCGAUGUUAGGCUCACUGACCUGUAAUUACCUGGUGCACUUUUGGAGACUUUUUCAAACAACGGAACAACAUGAGCUACCCUCCAAUCCUCCGGCACCGCUCUUGUGGCGAAGGACAUUUUAAUUAUUUCUGCCAGGACCCCUGCAAUUUCUACACUAGUCUGUCUCAAGGUCCGAGAAAAUAUCAUGUCAGGCC